GCUGAGGGAGGAGGACAGCUGCUAUUUUUAUCUUUCAUUCAGCCUCGACCAGAAACAGAAACUCCCUCCUUCCUCCCUCAAGCCAUCGCUCCUUCUGGACCUUCUGGGAGAAACUUCUGGAGGUCCGGCUGAGGCGUUAAGACCAGGAGAAACCGUCCAGAGGCCUCAGAGUGAAGAAGGAGAAGAAGCAACAUGGCGCUGCUGUGCUACAACAAAGGCUGUGGAGAGAAGUUCGAUGCCAACAAGAACCAGGAAGAUUCCUGCAUCUUCCACCCAGGAGUUCCGAUCUUCCACGAUGCUCUGAAGGGCUGGUCCUGCUGUAAGAAAAGGACGACAGACUUCUCCGAGUUUCUCUCCAUCAAGGGCUGCACCCGAGGUUGCCACAGCAACGAGAAGCCUCAGGAGCCUCUGAGGCCGGAGGUGUCGUCGGAUAAAGGCGAGAUAAGACCCACCGACAGCCUGGAGAUCAUCUACCAGGGCCCCAAGUCUGCUGAGACGCUGCAGAAGGAGAGACCCAGUUCAGACGAGCCGCUGACCAAACUGCCCCACAAAGUGUCGGCGUCACUGGUUCAGGUGUUGGAGAAGCUGGACAUCAGCAAGAGAGCCGAGAAUGAGAAUAAAGACAAUCAGGUGAUUCUUGGAACCCGCUGCAAGAACUCCGGAUGCAAAACGAUGUAUCAGGGUCCAGAGACGGACAUGGAGGUCUGCACCCACCACCCUGGAGGCCCCGUCUUCCACGAGGGGUAUAAAUACUGGAGCUGCUGCUGCAUAAAGACGACCGACUUCAACGCUUUCCUGGACCAGAAGGGCUGCAGCUCAGGGAAACACCGCUGGGUCCCGAAGCAGGACAAGAAGAAGGUUGCGUGUCGAUAUGACUGGCAUCAGACUGGAAACAACGUCUUUGUGACGAUUUACGCCAAGAACGCAAACCCUGAACUUUCCAGCAUCGAGGCCAACCGGACAGUGAUCUCGUGUCAAAUCCAGUUUGAGAACAACAAGAUCUUCAAGAGAGAGUUCCACCUCUGGGGGGUGAUCAACAUGAAGCAGAGCUCCGUCAACAUGGUUCCGUCCAAAGUGGAGAUCUCCCUCCGUAAGGCCGACCCGGUGUCCUGGGGCAAACUGGAGGACCCGAACUACAAACCAGAACCGGAGCCGGUGGAGGACACGUUCGCCGAAACCGAGACGUACCAACCCAACUGGGACAUCGAGGACGACGACAUCAGCGACUCUGACGAGGACUGGACCUACGACACUCCACAGAACAAACCGAGGAACAACGAGGAGCAGAAGAAGAAGGACAAGGAGGAGGAGGAGAAGCAGAACUUAAAGAGGAAGGAGGUGGAGGAGGAGAUGAAGAGGGCGAUGGAGGAGAAGAGGAAGCUGGAGGAACAGAGGCUACAGGAGGAGCAGGAAGGAUUCGAAGACAUGCCGGAGCUCGAGUAACAAGAUUCUGAUUCUCAACAUAGAAAAUAAAGCAGAUGCUAACAAGUUA